ACCGCGACACGCCUCUAUAGAUUCUCUACCGACCUCGUGCCACCCAUCGUCGUUUUGACUGGCCGCCACAGCUGCCUUCAACCUCGGAGCCCUUUCUUGUCGCGGUUACCUUGAACACGACAGCCUGACAUGCUCGAGGCCACCGUCGCAAACCACCCAACGCUUUCCGACACUACUAGUCUGGUACACAACGACGACACAAAUCUUCUGGACCUCCUGCUCAACCGCCUGGUCCUCGAGAAUAUUGUUGCCUAUCUGCCCGUGUCGAGUCUUCUGAAUCUAGCGUCCGUGAACCGCGAAUAUCGAAGUCUCGUGUAUGAGUCGCCUGGCAUCUUCAGAUACCUUGACAUUUCAAAGUUGCGCACUCUGCAGUUCGAUGCCGCUAAAAUUGACUGCGGCAGUCAAGUUUGGCGCAAUGUCCAGCUUGAUGAGAACCUCACCGAGGAUGAUUUCUAUUCCGGGCCCUUGAGGGGGGUCUUCUCGUGUCUCCUGCGGAAAAACAUCCUUCAAGAUGUCCAAACUCUGGUGCUCGAUGGCCUGUCUGUCACCGCUGAACUAUGCAACGACAUCAUCCAAGACGCAUGCUACAGCGUUCAAAUCCUCUCGGUUCGCGAGGUCAAGAGUCUCAACCACGGAAAGCUACGCCAAACGCUACAGUUUGCUUGUCGACCGUCGCGGCCCGAGGGCACACCGCGUCUCAAGGCGCUCUAUGUGUUCGGUUCGAAGGAUAUGGCGAAGCCGUCAGUCGAUGCACCUGAGAGACGAAACAUCAGCUCGGAGUGGAACCACAAGAGUCAGCGCGCGCUAACAAGCUCUCUUGCAAAUGAGGGUGAUGCAUGGUGGCAUCAAAAAGGAGCGAUGUUGAGUCCCAAGCGAGACAUGGAUGGCUGGGCAGCCUGCCUGCUCGCCUGCCAGGGCAUCAUCGCAUUUGACGCCAUUCUCUGCGAAGGGCCGCGCCAUUACAACUCGCCCGCUUUCGGUCAGAUGCCCGCCCAAGGCUCAGGAGAACCAGAGAUUGCGAUAUUCGCCCUGUACGCAUGCGAGGGUUGUGGCAAGAGUCCAGAGGGCAUGAUCGAAGCAAGAGGAGCGCAACAUCGGCUCCCACUGCUCUCCCCACCCCCAAUACUGUCAUCGUCUCUGCGAGCUGCGACCACACCGAUGCAGCCGGCACAGUCCUUCGCGGCACGAUGCAAGCAAUGCUUGCAUGGUCGCUUUUGUAUGGGCUGCAACAAAUGGUGGUGCGAGUCGUGCUACACGCCACCGAGUCACAGCGUCAACCAGACCGAGACAGUGGUCGCGCUCGAUGACGAUGGCGUGAUGACCGUGAGCGAGUACUCGGGUAGUGGAGUAUCCAUUGUCAAACCCAAGGCCAUGGUAACCAAAAGCUGCUGGGAAUGCGGACAGAAUUGCGAAUCCUGCAUCGACCACACCCAACGAAUGUGCAGGUGCUGUGGUGGCGGAUACUGCAUUACCCACAACGAGGGAUGCACUCUCUCUCAUUGCGACUGGUGCACCUCGCGUGGACGGGGUCUCGGUCGGUUGUGAGGCGUUGGUUCUGA